AUGGAAAGUCUACUUGCGUAUAACAGCAGUUCGGACGAAGAAAGUGAUAGAACUUCUAAAGAUGAACAAAACUUCAAGAAACGCAAAGUGAAGCUUCCAGGAACAGACCAGGCAAAAGACCACGAAAUCAAAGAUGUUUGUGCAACAGAAAGCUGCAUACAGACAUAUAAUAAUCAGAUGGGGUCGUUUCUUGAACCAAGAAAUGCUUUUGGGCUCAAUGAGUGUAGUUAUUCUAAAUCAAAACAAACUUCCUUGAGAAAUGAUCAUGGUUCCAUUGUUUUACAAAGAGCUUUUAGUGAGCCACAGUUUCCAAUGAGUUUUUCUAACCAAGAAAAGAAAAGCCCAGCUUUCAACAGGUCAUUGACUCAAUAUAAGCAUUCAAACUCGAGUAGCAUAUCAGGCAGAAGAGUAAAACCUUACAUUUCAAAGAGGGAAAGAGAAAAAUUUGCACAAACAGCUAUACCUUGUAGUUCCUCCUCUUCACUUAAACCUCAGCUGGCUCUGGAGGAGUCUAAUUUCGAUCAUACCAUAAAUGAAUUUGAUUUGCAACCUAAUAGACCUUGUGAAAUAUCAGACGGAAAACACUUAGCUCGCGCAUGCCAGCCGCCUAAACAGUUGCAUUUAAAUUUUGAAGGUCAUUCGCAAGGAGUCAACUGUGUGCAUUGGAACCCAACUAGAGUUAACCUGUUAUUAUCUGCAGCAAUGGAUAACUUGGUCUGUGUAUGGGACACUUCAUGUGGGAGUACAUGCCGCAGGAGACUUGCACAUCAUACAGCAGCAGUGAAUCUGAGGUUCACCUCAAAUACACCUCUCUUUUAGAACUCAACACCAAUACUGUUUUGACGAUCUGAAAGAUUAAACCUUUGUCCAUUACACUUAGUACAGACAUCAAACUUCUAUUACGUGUACAGUAACCUUUGUCCCAGGGGUAAGAACUGGUGCUAACCAGGGCAAUGAAUGUCAGCGAAUAGUUCUCUACACCUGGCGGAGGGGGAAGUUCACAAAUAUUUUAAAUAAUUUUGGACAAAAGAGAUGGGGGAAUUCAAAAUUUUUUAAAAAUGGUGAACAGCAACCACUGUGAAGUCAUCGGGAUUUACUGCUUUCCCACACCCUUAGAUAUCUGAAAUAUAAAGUUGCAAGGAGGGAAAUAGGCCUUUUGCAACCACAUUAUUGAUCACAUGAUCAGCUUUCGGUAAACACAAAACAGUUCAGUUUCGGAAAAUUUUGUUGGCAGGAACUGAAAAAGCAUAUAAAAUUAGCUAACCUGUAAAUUUUCUGCAUUAUAUCUCAAAAGUAGAGAUUGCAAAGGCCACCAAAAAUUAGAAGGAUUUGUAUGGGAAAAACAACUCUUGCUACCCAGUCACCGCAGAGUGACUAUAAUAUUUCCUUAAGCAUAACAAGGCUCAAAUUUUCAUUUUUUUAUGACAUACAGAUUGAGCCCUUAAAUGCGUAAGGGAAAGAUUUAACAACAAUGUGAAAAUUUAAGUUUUAUUUCCGUACAAGGACUUGUACAGAAAAGCUAGAGUUGUUUAGUUUUUCCCAUACAAAUCCUUCUAAUUUCAAAAUGAAGUCAAACAGAGAGUGAGUAUAGACGCAAAAAAUUGCAAUCCUGCUUUUUUCUUAACCAUUUUUUCUAUACUUUGGGAAAUCUUGUGAUUCUUGUGACAAAUCCCAGAAACAUUCGCUUUGUGCCCAGUGUAGUGAAUUUUGUGGGUGUGCUCAUUGCUUCAGUCUGAAUUUCAUGUAUAAAAUUGCUGUUCUUGUUGCCAAAAAGGAAUAAUAGGUAACAUCACUGAUACAUGCUAGUGAUCCUUGAAACCUAUUUGCCCAGUGCACAACGGACUUUCCCAGCCAGUGGUCCUUCCUCCUCACCCCACGUACUUUUUACCCUCCACAUGGCAGGAAAGAGGCUGUGCAGUAUUAAAAUUUUUAUUGACACUUAAGUUCAAAAUGAAUGACAACUGUGGCUUGCUUGUAUUGCUGUUCUUGUCUAUUUAUUAAAAUGUGUAAUAAUUUAAGCAUGGAAGUAAGCAACCUGUAGGCUUCCUCUUCUUCAUCUCUGAAAUUAUCAUCAUUCUCAUAUUCAUCAUUCCCGACAGAAAAUGAACCAGAACGAUCAUACCUUCGGCAAGUGUUCCAAAAACAUCUUCCCCUCCUCGUUUACGAUAUGAUAUUCUAGCCACCCAAAACUCUCUUUCCAGGACGGAUGAAAUCCUCAUUUGUGUUUUUCAUUUUCAUACUUUCUACUCUUCACAAAUUCUUUUUACUUCCCUUCGCAUUUUUGCAUGGUGGGGGCUUAAGGUUUGCGAGCAAUUGCUCCAUAAAUUACCUGAUCUUCUAAGCAAUCGCAUCAAGUGCAAGGUACAAAGUGAACUGGCCUGGGUCCCAGUGAUAUUCACAAUCAACUGAACAAAUGAUACGAGAGACAAGAAAGAGGCCAUGGACUGGUGGUAGUUUUGUACUUUCUUUAUUAUUAUCGUUACGACUUAAAGUAAUUUUUUUCAUUAUAAUCAGUUUCAAAGAAUCAGUCAGUUCUUUCAAAUUUCUACUAGCCCAUGGGCUAGUAAACAUGACAUUUUAAUCACCUGACAUAAAUUUUAUUUGCCUCGGGCUACCAGAGAUGUCAAAACCUGCUAUGACAUGUGCAUAAAACACAAGUAAAUAGUUAUAUUACUUACUUUAUGUGCAAUUUGAUUGGAUACCUCAGUAGUGAAUCAGGGUCAAAAAGGUAAAGAGUCCUUAUUUUACGUUGGUAGCUCGAAAAAGUCAUAAGAUUAACCAACCUGAGGCCGAUGGUGCACUCAUUCCCCCCCUCCCCCCUCUCUCUCCGUUAGUGCUCUGUUCUCUGGUGUUUAAAGGAAAGAAGUCAAAACAAAGAUUUGAGGCCACACUCAGGGAUCAAACAUGGCAACUGCCACACAGAAGGCUGUGCAGUAGUCAUAUGUGCCAAUUCUUCCUCCCCCAGAUAUUCCCCCUUCUUACCCCACAUUCUCCUUAUACCCAAAAAACUUGAAAUCUGAAAGUGAACUUCCCAAUAAAGCCAAAUCCUAGAUCUCUCAAAACAGCAAGGUAUUUUCCAUGAAUAGACAAUGUUGUCAUUUGUAUAAGACAUAGUUUAAUGUGCUCCACCUUUAAUUUUUUUUCAGGACAAGAAAUUAUUAAAUUUCCGCACAAAAACUUUGUCACCUGUGUCCAGUUUCACCCAACAGCUCCAGCAUUAUUUUUGUCUGGGACUUUCAAAUCUGCCAUCCUAUGUUGGGAUACAAGAACUGGAAAUGUAAGUGUACAGAAUGCAUACUUUUUAACAAACUGUUCUCAGAGUGCCACUUAACUCAUGAAAUAGAAUCUCAUGGCUCAAAAUAUAAUAUGCUGGGACUGCUGGCAGUCAUGUUGACCAGUGCCAGAGAAAUUUGAUCUCAGUCACGUCUUUCCAUCUGGCAGGUCAUAAUGUUAAAAAAAACACGAUAAUAACAUGAACAUCCUAACCUAGUGAAAAUGGAUGCUUGACCCCUUGAAACGCACUGCUGUGACUGUGUUUUUUUCUCUGGUCGCUUGUUUAUGUGUCGAGUCAAAAUGACCAGUAAACUGUAUGUUUGUUCAGACAAAUGGUCAUCUUGGGUGGACAUCGUCUGUUGACUGGCCAUUAUUUUGAGGCCUGGAAUCUGCUGCUGUAAUCUAUGUUUUUACAUCACUUGCAAAAGAAAAAUGUUUUCCAUUGAAUUGUUUGAAUAAAUUAAUAAUUUUUACUUUGCAUGCCAAAUACUGAAUAGGAAAAAAAUACUAAUAACUGGUGAAAUGAAAAUGUCAGGUAAGAACAGUUUUUUGUAAGAAGGUUGCAGAUUGGGACCCAAACUUAUAAGAUUUUAAAACAAAAAGACAACAUUUUCAUAUAAUUUUCCCUCACAGAUCACAUCAACAUAUUCUGCUCUUUUUGGCCAAGUACAGGACAUAGCAUUUCUUCCUGGAGGACAUGAGUUUGUUUCUGCUGCUGAAGUGGUCAAGAGAAAUUCUACGGACAAAGGAAUCAUGGUCUGGGAUUUUAGAUCAACUGCAGUAUUAUCCAAUCAAAUAUAUCAGGUCUGUCUUCAGCAUUAACCCCUCCUAUUUGAAAUGCAAAUAUGCAUUAUUAAUUUUAUAUAAUUUUGGGAACAGAGUUUUCCCAUUUAAUCAGUAUGAUUGUUCUGUUUAUAAGUUCUGAAGAAAACACAAAGUCACAAUUGUCUUCCUGAAAAUGGGACCAAAGUGCUCAUUAGCCUCUCCAGGGGGUACUCCCUAUAAUGGUCUAUACCAGAGCUCUGCCUAAAGAUGUACCUUUUUCAGGCUUCAGAUAUUCGAGAAGGUAGGGAUUUCAUCAGUUGAUGUAAGAAAAUUUGUCAUUUUGCUCUGUGAAAAGACAAAAAGGGCCAACAGAUGUACUUUAUUGCUGUGAAGAGAUAAGACAACUUCCUGGUUUUGUUGUUUAUACAUAUUAGAAGGAUGGUGCAGUUACAACAGUUGAAGUGUUCUAAACUGUAGGUAUGUGAAAGGGGUAACAUUUGUCAAUAGAAGGUAUAUGAAGAGGUACCAUCUCUGUCAAAAAUGGUGUAUAGUUAUAAAAGGGUAGAGGGUCGAAGCCCGUGGUGGAGUGUCGCUGUAUAAGACUUUGUUCGGAAAACACUCUGCCUCUCCAAGGACAUAAGCAGGGAAUUGUCUGCUUCAAAACAUGUUUUCCGUUAUUGCAUAUGAGAAAAUAUGCUGUCUAAUGGCAGUUCUCUAGAGGUGACAUAAAGAUCUCUAGAACAAUCAAACAUAAUUUGACUGAUAAAGACAGUUAUUAUGAAUCAUAGCAUUGCGCAUAUAAACACACUAUUAGAGUUGGAAUCUCACACUUGACAGAAAUAAAAGAAAAAUUAUUAUCUUCAAUUUUUUUGUUGUGAUCCAGGAAGCCUUCACUUGUACUUGCUUAAAAGUCCAUCCCCGUGAAGCUCAUUUUGUGGCCCAGUCCAACGGAGAUUACAUUGCUUUGUUCUCAACAAGGAAGCCAUACAAGCUAAACAAGUUCAAAAGAUAUGAGGGCCACAAGGUAUUAUAUUCAAUUUCUGUUACUUAUAAAUAA